AUGAAAGCCUCUUUAGAGUUUGCAAAAAAAAAGCACCUGACUGUGAGGAACAAGAUUCUCUGGUUUGAUGAAACCAAGAUUGAACUGUUUGACCUCAGUUAUAAAUGUUAUGUCUGGAAGAAACCGGGCACUGCUCAUCACAUGCCCGAUACCAUCCCAAAAGUGAAGCAUGGUGGAGGCAGCAUCAUGCUGUGGGGCUGUAUAUUAGAAGCAGGGCUGGGAGACUGGUCUGGAAAGCUGAAUGGAGCAAAUGUUAAAGAGGAAAGAACAAUGCCUUCAAUCCUGACUCGGGUGUCUACACAUGUGCCGCGCCACAGCCUGUACAGCCUAUCAGAUAGCUCGGACUGUGAUCCAGAUAACGAGGCAGAAGAGGAUUCAUCCAGGAGCCUCACACCUCUGGAGAAGCUAACACUGGAUAUGUGUCAUGAUGAAAAAACCAUUAAAGAGCUGAAUGUGGGAAGAAGAGUAGGAUUCUAUAAAGUCUGUUGUGAGAUUGGGUGUGGAAACUUCUCCAAAGUCAAAUUGGCCUUCCAUGCUCUUACCAAAGACAAAGUUGCUAUUAAAGUUUUGGAUAAAUUGCGACUGGACUUACAGACCCAGCGGAUGCUAUCCAGAGAGAUCUCCAUAAUGGAGAGCUUGCAUCAUCCAAACAUUCUUUGGCUCUAUGAAGUGUUGGAGGCACCGAGUCGAUUGUAUCUAGUGCUGGAGUACGCCGGAGGAGGAGACCUGCAUGCCAGAAUCAGCUCUGAGGGAAAACUCUCUGAUCAAGAAAGCAAACUUGUGUUUGCCCAAAUCCUGUCGGCAGUAAAGUACAUGCAUGACAACAUCAUCAUACAUCGGGAUCUAAAGGCAGAAAAUAUCUUGUUCACCAGCAACUCCUGUGUAAAGGUAGCUGACUUUGGCUUCAGCACAAAGAUCAGCAACCGCAGCCAGAUGUUGGACACCUUCUGUGGCUCCCCUCCAUAUGCAGCACCAGAGCUCUUCAAAGAUGAAGCCUACUUGGGGCCACCUGUAGACGUAUGGGCUAUGGGGGUCCUUCUUUUUUUCAUGGUGACUGGCACCAUGCCGUUCCGUGCUGACACUGUUUGUAAGCUGCGCCGUUUUGUACUACAGGGAGUUUACGUUAUUCCCAUUUGGGUGUCUGCUCCAUGUCAGCGCCUGAUCCGGGGGAUUCUCAAGCCAGAGCCUACUGAGCGAUGUGUGCUGGAUCAGAUGCUGGGCUGUGAGUGGCUGCUGCCAGUGGAGACUCUGCGUCCCAUUCCUCAUUUCUACCAGCUUAACCCUGUCAACUUGCUGAAGGUAAGAUCAGGAUGGGCAGAGCAGGAAGAGGUGCAUGCUACCUUACAGAAACUUGGAGUCACAGAGAAACACAUUCUCAACAACCAGGGCAAGAACAGUCGAAGCCCAAUAACAGGUAUCUAUCGCAUUGUACUCCAUCGGAUCCAAAGGAACAAAGGUGCUGAGUGUCUGCCUUCAAUCACAGGUGUAGUCAGAGACCCAAAGCGGGACAGUCUUCGCACCUACAGGAAUUUACGACACACCUCAAAACUGUGUGUCCUCUCUUAAUGAGCAUAACAUACAGAAAAUGGGUUUUCUUUGUUCUAGUUCACAAGGUUAGUUGUCUU